AUGGAGGCCCUUAUUGAUGCUAAUGAGGAUGUGGUGCAGACAUAUGCUCGUGUCUACAUGUGGUACGUUAUCUCCAGGACUUUGUUUGCUGACGCCACUAGCAAGAACGCUCCAUGGAUGUGGCUUAAGGCGCUCACCGUCUUCGACAACCAAUGGAGUCGGGGUUUGGUGGCACUGGCCUACCUGUACCGACAGUUGGACGAUGCUUGUUGUAGGAUCUCAAAGGAUGGAUGUAUUGGUGGUUGUAUGCUCGUACUUUCUGUAUGGAGCUGGGAGCGCUUGCCGGCCGGACGCCUGAAGGACAUAACGCAGUACACCAACGAGUUGGACACGAUUACUGCUGAGCAGGUGGAACGGGAGCCAUAUGGCGCUAGCGAUAGAUUAGGUAAUGCAGGAGAUUUCAUCUUGAAUCCGAUGUGCAUGCGGGAUAGGCAUCUUUGGCUUAUGCGGUGCCCACUCAUAUGCAACUGGGCGAUUGAGCUUCACAUGCCGCAUCGUAUCUACCGCCAGUUUGGUUUGUUCCAGGCUCACCCAUCAGAAUGGCAUGACACAGAGAAAGCGCUUCACAGGUUGGAUAUGAAAAAGUAG